UUGUUGUUAAAAAUUUGUGUGCUUACAGAUAAGGCGCUGAUGCAGUCGCCAUGCGCGAUCUCAAGCAGCGCUUGUUCGAUCUGUUGCGUUCUGGCGGCAUUUCCGUUGGCGACAACAACAAUGCCGGCGGCAACAGCAGCAGCAAUAAUAACAACAACAACAACAAUGGCAUCUCUCACCCUCAGCUGCUGCAGCAACAACAACAUCAGCAGCAGCAACAGAUGAUUUAUUCACCUCUGCAGCCGAUGCCCAAGCCCAAGAAACUACAUGAAUACACGGCCGCCGACUGCAAUGCGGCAUUUCUUCGCAAAUAUCACGAUCUGAGCAUUAGCAGAGAGCGCGACAGAGACAGAGAUAGAGAUGCCGACAGGUUGUUGCGCGAACGAGAUGGAGAGAUGGAGCGUGGACAGCGGGAACUCAACAACGGGGCUGCCAACGUGAUUUAUUUCAACGAAAACUUAUCGAUGACCAGCAAAUACAAUGUACGGCAAUUUCCCCUCACACGCUACCCCUCCUGCCCACUGAGCAGCUUCGGCAUUUCGCCCCAUCGCCAAGGGGGAGAGGGGGGCAGUGCGGGCAGCAGUUUGGCUGAAGAGGACACGGAAAGUGACCGUUAUAAUUUUUGCUCGGACGAGGAUCAAAGCAGCAAUGCACAAACGCUCAAGCUGCGUUGCCACAAACUGUUGCAUCUGGACACCGAACCCGACGACGAUGAUGACGAAGAUCGGAUGCCGGAUCAUGAUGGAUGUGAAGGGCAUAACGAGCGGAACUUGCAGCACAUCGAUGACGAUGAGCAGCCCGAAUCCGAGUCGCAACUCGACUCCUUUUGCACACUCUGCACCUCGACGUUCAGCUACAACAAAUGUUGUCGCUUCUGCGACAAUUCGCUGUGCGGUUCCAAGUGCAACUCGGAACGUGGUUCGCAUGCCAGUCGCCUUAGCUGCAAUCUGAAUGGAUCGCAAUAUCCUGGCGGCGACAACAACGAACUCGAUUGCAAUCCCCAGCAGUUGCAGUUGCAGUAUCAUCAUCAGCAGUUGCAGCUGCAACAUCAGCAGCUCCAACAACAGCAGCAACGUUUUGGCGGCAGCAUGAGACUUUUGACUGCUCAGCAGCAGCAGCAGCCCAAAAUCGCCGCAUCGGCAGCUAUCAGAACCAUUAACGACUAUGCGCUCAACUCGAAUCUGCACUUGAAGCACAACAACCACAACAACAACAACAACAAUAACAAAUUGAACAAGCUGUACAACAAAACGAACAAUAAGAUAAACAACAACAUUAACAAUUCGAACAACAACAACAUUAAGAACAAUCACAACAUACAGAACAGAAUGCACGCCCAUCAGCUGGACUCGUAUCUGGCCGGGAUACCGAUGACCAUGAACAUGGGUGGCCCAAUGCAUCCGGGCAACAUUUCUGGCAACGAAAGGCCCAAUGGAGGAGCAUUGGCAUUGCAUUAUGCCGCUGCCAGAGGCUGUUUGGAUUGUGUUCAGCUGCUGGUUGCCGCGUCUGUUGACAUUUGCGCCAAUACGCAAAUGGACAAUGAUGUCACGCCCGUUUAUCUUGCCGCCCAGGAGGGGCACUUGGAGGUGCUCAAGUUUCUGGUGCUUGAAGCCGGCGGCUCGCUUUAUGUUCGCGCACGCGACGGCAUGGCACCGAUCCAUGCCGCUUCACAAAUGGGCUGCUUGGAUUGCCUCAAAUGGAUGGUGCAAGACCAGGGCGUGGACCCCAAUUUGAGGGAUGGCGACGGGGCAACACCACUGCACUUUGCCGCCUCGCGUGGCCAUCUGUCGGUGGUGCGUUGGCUGCUCAAUCACGGGGCCAAAUUGUCGCUGGACAAAUACGGCAAAUCGCCCAUUAACGAUGCGGCCGAGAAUCAACAAGUUGAGUGUCUCAAUGUGCUGGUGCAACAUGGCACCACAGUGGACUACAACAACAAGAAUAACGCACAGCGUCACAAGUCACAGCAGCAUUUGCAACACCAGCAACAGCAACAGCAGCAGCAGCAGCAACACUUGAGCAGCAGCUGCAACUCGAAUACGAAUUCGAGCAAACAGACAAGCCGCAGCAACACGAUCAAAUCGAAAUCAUCCUCCACGCUCAGCUCCGAUGUGGAGCCCUUCUAUCUGCAUCCGCCCGCAGUCACAGCGGCUGCUGCUGCCGCUGGCGUUGGCAUCUCGCGUAAGAACAGCGAUGCCUUGUACUCGCAGCAAUCGCGCAGCUCAUCGGAGAAGCUCUAUGGUGCAAAUGGCGGUGGCAACAGUGGCACAAGUGCCACGGCCAGUGCUGGCGGUGGCGGUGGCGGAGGCGGUGCUAAUGGCGGUGGUGCAUUGCUGCCCAACGAUGGCCUCUAUGUGAAUCCGAUGCGUAAUGGCGGCAUGUAUGCGACGCCAUCGCCAAAUGGCAGCAUCUCGGGCGAAUCGUUCUUUCUGCAUGAUCCGCAGGAGAUUAUCUAUAAUCGAGUGCGCGAUCUGUUUGUCGACUCCGAUUGCAGCAGCGUGAAGCAGCAUCAGAUGUCCACAAUGCAUCCAAUGCAUCAGCACUCGCACUCGCAUCAGCAUUCGCAUCAGCAUCAACAUCAACAUCAACAUCAGCACUCACAUGGCUUGCCAUCAUCAAAGUCGGGCAAUGCCAUUAUGACCAUUCAGGCCGAUGUGCAUUCGAGCUCCAGUGGCGCUGGCAGCGGCUCCGAUGAGUCUGUCUCCAUCUCGUCCAGCUUCAAUUCGCCAAAGAGCAGCAGUCAUCAUCACAACAGCAACACAAACAGCAACAGCAGUCAUCAUCACAACAGCAACAGCAACAGUCACAGUCACAAUCAUCAGUUGCGCAGCCAGAGCUUCAAUCGUCAUGGCAGCAGCAGCAAUAUCAAUGGCAUUGCCAACAACCACAACAGCAACAACAACAGCAACAACAACAGCAGCAAUAAUACUGCCAAAAGCAACAACAGCAAUACGAACAACAAUUACAAACAGCACAAGAGCAGCAUUGUCAAUGGCAGCAACAGCAACAUUAGCAACAUUGGCAAUCAGAAUGGCGAUCACGACUACGAGGACAUUUAUUUGGUGCGCGAAGAGUCGCGCAAGCAACAUCAGCAUCAUCAGAUGCAGCAACAACAUCAGCAGCAGCAACAACAGCAGCAGCAACAACAUCAGCAGCAGCAACAGCAACAGUUGCUGUCACAGCAACAGCACAAAUACAAUGUGGGCAGAUCUCGCUCUCGCGAUAGCGGUUCACAUUCCCGCUCCGCCAGCGCCAGCUCUACACGCAGCACAGACGUCGUGCUGCAAUACAGCAACCAUCAUUUGAACAACAAGCGCAACAACUAUAACAACAACAACAGCAACAACAACAGCACCGGCAACAACAACAAUAACAACAAUAAUAAUAUGAGCCUGUUGAAUCGCAACAAAUCGCAUUCAAUGAUCGGUUUGCACAGCAGCAAGUACGAGUCAUCGAUCAAGGACAACUACAGCGGCAAAAAUGUGAAUUUGAAUCUGAAUCAAAAUCAGAAUCUCAAGAAUCAGCUGCUGAAUGGCGGCAUCAAGAGCGACACCUAUGAGAGCGUCUGUCCGCCCGAGGAUGUGGCCGAGAGGACAAAGCAAACGCACAAGAACUCGAUGAUACGCAACAAUCUGAUGGAUGCAACAAUGCUCAGCAGCACGCCCAACAUUGCCACCCACAACAGCAACAACAGCAGCAGCAACAACAACAUUGGUGCUAACAACAACAUCAGCAACAGUAACAGCAAUAUUGCUGGCAGCAAUAGCAACAGCAGCAGCAGCAACAACAUCAAUCAAAUCAAUGGCGCCGGCAGCAACAGGAAUCUGAAGCGAGUCUCCUCCGCUCCCCCUAUGCAGAAUCUGGCAGUGGUUAAUGGACCACCGCCACCGCCUUUGCCGCCUCCGUUGCGUGCGCCCGUGCAACGCAACAAUCUGAAUGCAGAACACGUCAACAACAACAGCAACAACAAUAGCAACAACAACAGCAUCUACAAGAAGAAUCACUUUAGUGCAGCAGCAACAACAAACAGUGCAGGUGGCAACCCUGCGGCAAGCACAACCACAGCUGCCACACACGACGCCGUCGACUCGGACUCUGGCCUCGAGGUGGUCGAGGAGCCAAGUCUGCGCCCCUCGGAAUUGGUGCGUGGCAAUCACAAUCGCACCAUGUCCACCAUAUCAGCGAACAAGAAAGCCAAGCUCCUCAAUGGUAACAACAUUGCUGGCAACGGCAACAACAGUAAUGCUAACGGUAACAACAACACUGAAUCAGCAGCCGCCGCCGCCGCUGCUGGAGAUGGGCAUUAUCAGCCAGCACCAGGGGCAAGCCAGCAUCAACAGCAUCAUCCGAAUGCCAGCAGCCUCUACGGUUAUGCGGAGGGCAAACCGCGUGGCAACAGCAGCUACUAUCAGCAACCACAGCAACUGCAGCAGCAGCAGCAACAAUCUGUCUAUGGCGGCAGCCUCUAUGCCGUUGGCUCCUCCGUCGAGGAUCACUAUGAGCUGCAGUCACAAUCGCAGUACGGCGGCAGCUACAAUGGCGAAGGAGUUGGCAUUGGAGUUGGCGUUGGAGCGUCUGCAAUGCGCUCGGGUGGCCCCAAUUUGGUCAACAAGCAGCUGGUGCUGCCAUUUGUGCCGCCCAGUUUUCCCAAUAAAUCACAAGACGGCGUCACGCAUCUCAUCAAGCCGUCCGAGUAUCUGAAGAGCAUUAGCGAUAAGCGUUCGUGUCCAUCCUCUGCUCGCUCCACGGAUACCGAGGACUACAUGCAGAUACAGAUUGCUCAGCAGCAGCAUCCACAUCCACAUCAACAUCCACAUCAUCAUCAUCCGUUGCCGCAUCAGUUGCAGCAUCAGUUGCAGCAUCAGCCGCAUCAUGGGGGCAUGGGCGUGGGCGAGCAGCCGCCAUUGCCACCGCCGCCGCCACCAUUGCCGCACAUGAUGCCGCCACCGAUGCCGAACAUGAUGCUCUCGAACAUGUCCGGCGAUGCCGGCAGCAGCACCAACACCAAGUCACAGAAGCCGAAGAAGCCGGGCCAUGGGGCAGCGCCCAGCAGCCAGGAUACGGCGACACGCAAACAGCAUCAGCCGCUGUCUGCCAUCUCGAUUCAAGAUCUGAACAGUGUGCAGCUGCGUCGCACGGACACGCAAAAGGUGCCAAAGCCGUAUCAGAUGCCGGCGCGCAGCCUGAGCAUGCAGUGUCUGACAACGAGCACGGACACGUAUCUGAAGACCGAUCUGAUUGCCGAGCUGAAGAUCUCCAAGGAUAUACCGGGCAUCAAGAAGAUGAAGGUCGAACAACAGAUGGCCAAUCGCAUGGACUCUGAGCACUAUAUGGAGAUAACCAAACAGUUCACAGCGAACAACUAUGUGGAUCAGAUCUACUUGCAGAUACCAGAAAAGGAUCAGGCGGGCAAUGCCAUACCCGAUUGGAAGCGCCAGAUGAUGGCCAAGAAGGCGGCGGAGCGUGCCAAAAAGGACUUUGAGGAUCGCAUGGCUCAGGAGGCUGAGUCGCGUCGUCUCUCCCAGAUACCGCAAUGGAAACGCGAUCUAUUGGCGCGUCGCGAAGAGACUGAGAACAAGCUGAAAGCGGCCAUCUACACGCCCAAGGUGGAGGAGAAUAAUCGCAUUGCGGACACGUGGCGUCUGAAGAAUCGCGCCAUGUCCAUUGACAACAUCAAUCUGGCCAGCGUUGGUGGCCUCAAUGUCGAGCAGCAUUACCAGCAGCUGCAGCUGCUCCAGCAACAGACACUCCAAUCGCACUCCCAAUCGCAGUCACAGUUGCAGCUGCAACAUCCACAGGGCAACAAGGAGAAUCACAGCGAAUCGAAGGCUAAUCAUGAUCAGGAGUCGCCACAGCAGCAGCAGCAACAGCAGCAGCAAAUGCAACAGCAACAGCAACAGCAGCCAGAUGGACUCGAGCAUGGCGAGGAGCAGGAGCAGGAUGACAAUGACAACAUCAUUCCGUGGCGUGCUCAGCUUCGCAAGACCAACAGUCGCCUCAGCUUGAUCUAAACUUGGGCAUCUGUCUGCAGCUCUCUUCAUCCGUGUUUAAGUCCUCAGUUUGUAGUGCAUUUUUUUUUUCGUUUCUUUUUUUUGUGUGGCAAUAUAUAACUAAACGAUUUGUGCAAUUCUAAAAAGAAAAUAUGCGAUAUGCGAGUGAAAUACAUUUAAAUUGUUAACCUUAAGUAUCUUUAAUAUAUAAUUCGUUAAACGCUGCUCUUCACAUUCAAGGCAAGCUUUAGAGAAAGAAUGAAAAAAAAACGAAAACGAAAUCGAAUCGAAUCAAUAUAUGUACUAUAUAAUCGAUUAACAUUGCGUGUACUAUAUAUAAAAAUUAUUAAACAUUUAUUUUUUUUUUUGUAUUUUGUUAGAGCAUAACCAUUAAUCGAAUGUAUGGCAUUGAUAUUCAUAAUUCAUAUUUAAAUAUUGCAAUGAAAUCAAUUUUGGUGUUGUG